GUCUCCUCAUUACACCAGGACAUUCCAAAAUGUAUUGUCUGUACCCAGUGUUUAUGCAGAGGCUCUGAUUGAUUUUCCCUUUUUUCUCCCAAAGACAGCUCUCUGAUCUUUAUGUUGCGUUUAUCCUUUUUGAACUUUUAAAACCUGUGAAGCCCUAAAUUUUUAUUUUGUCUUCCGGAAAAGCAUUUCAAUAUCUUCUGUAGCUUCUGAACGGCAGCACUAAAUGAAUAUCAAUUUACACUGGUCAUCUUGUUCAAAAGUUUACACCCCCUCCACUUCCCGGAUGUAAAUGUGUAUACCGUUGCUUUCGUGAACGUCAGUGAUUGUGUGUGGCUUUUGUAAUAGUUGUGCUCGAGUCGUUCAGUUGUCCUCCAUGUUAAAAGAUGGAUCACUCAUGAACAAGCGUCAGAAAACAUGAAAACAGUUGUUCAUUAUCCAGAAUAAAGGAAACCCGUCCCUUGGUCUGGAGCCGGUACCUCCCCUGGACAGCUAUGAGUUUUUCUCCGAGCCCGUGUGUUCCUACAGGCGUGCGCAGUAUUCAAGAGCAGCGGGAACGCUGGGACAGGAAGAGGAAGCGGACAGGAAGAGAGCUGGUCCAGAGUGAGCAGAGAUACUGUGAAAAGCUGGACCUGAUCACCACAUACUUUGUGGAGAUUCUGAAGGCCAAAGGAACCCUGAGGCAGGACAUUAGAGAGAGCAUCUUCAGUUCAAUUAAAUCAAUUCAUUUAGUAAACCAGACGCUGCUCGGCCAUCUGGAGGACAGCAACUUCGGCGUCGGAUUUGACCAGUUCUGCCCUCACCUGCAUUUCUACACUACUUACGUUGACAACUUCCAAGCAGCAAAGAAGACCCUCGCAGUGCAGCUGAAGAAAAACAAAGCGUUCCGACGAUUUAAGAAGCUUCAGGAGGCCAGACCCGAGUUCCACAAACUGAAACUUGAAGACCUGCUUCCUCUUCCACUAAAGCGCAUUCAGCAGUACAAUAAUUUCUUGAGGGACUUGACAGAGAACACCAGUCCAGACAACCCAGAGUUCCAGCAGCUUUCAAGGGCAGUGAGCGCCGUCUCUGAGGUGGCCCAGCGCAUCCAGGACAACGCCCGCAGCCAUGAGAACCACCUGCAGCUGCAGAGGGUCCAAAAACUGCUCAAGGGCCGAAAGACCAGGCUGCUGGCUCCAGGUCGCUGGUAUAUCCGUGAAGGUUGGCUGAAAACGGUGCCCCCUAAAGGCACGGAGACCAAACCCAAGAUGUUUUUCCUCUUCUCAGACAUCUUGAUUCAGGCCAAACGGUGUAGUCCAAUGCAUCCGACAAAUGGAGACAAGCUGGCCUGUCAGAGAAUCUUCCCGCUUAGUGAGUGCACCGUGGACAAAGUGUUUGGCCACACCAAGAGCCAGGGAGGCCUCAUCAGUUUGACCUUCUCCAAUGCCAAGCUGCUCCUCAUGUCCAGCCAUCAGGAGGACAUUAACGAUUGGUACCGCAGUCUUUGCCUGGCUAUCGGAAAGCUAAAAACCAAGAGCACAGUAGUGCACAGGAGAGAGGAGCUUCUCCGACCGCCGCUCCGUGCAGCCACACACAGCCAGCAGAGCGCACCGGCCUCGUCCCAAACUCACAGCAGGAAGAGGGCUAUGGCGAGUGAACAGGGGACUGAGAGCAGCUCGAACAACUACAGACCACCAGCUGGAGAGAGUGCAGGCAGCGCAUCCAAAAAGAUAAAACUCUCCGAGGCUCCUUCUGGAAGGUCCCAGGAAUCGUCCGGCUCGAGCUGCGUCAUUCUGUGAGCCGAUGCCGAUGCUGAGAAAAACUGGUGCUAUUGCUGGGAGGCUGAUAUAUCCACAUAUUAGAUUAGUAUCAUUUUUAUUGAAGGAAUGAGUUCAUAUUUGAGUUCAAGCAUUUUAAGAGUGAUUUUCUCUGAAAUGUUUUAUGUCUUAUUUUUGCUUCUAAAUGCCAAAGAACAAAAACGCAGUGUUUAUGUACGAAUGAGUUUUAUUUGUCUUUUGUUUUGCGUUCAUCAGGCAUAACACUGUCGACUGAACACUUUUAUAACGUAUCAUAUCUCUUUACUCUGUAUCAUUAAGGCUACUAAUAACCAACACUCCUACAGUUAUUUAUAACACCAUAACAUAUCAUCCUGUAUUCUUAUUAUUGGGGAGGAAAGAUGAAGUGCAAUAUUAAAGUGAGUGCAUGAAGGGAUUUUACUACUGAUUGUGUAUGGAUCAGUUUUACUGAUUGCGAAUCAUGGGAAAUUAUAUUAACAUAGUAUGUAAUCAUCAGUGAUCUGCAUCCACAAGCAACUGAACUGAUUUUCACUGUGUGCUGUAUUACUGUAAUGUGCGUAAUGUCUUGUCUUUAUAAUACUCCCUCUUUACCCGGUGCAUUAAUGUUACUGAAAGCUGUUACACCAAACAACAGUUGAAUCAUUUCUAAAUAAAUCGGUCAAGUCACUGUGACUCUUAAUGUGAUUACAGAUUAAAAUUGCAAACUUAUAAUUGGAGGCUGUGGAAGAUUUCUGGCUUUAGGCUCAUUUUAUGAGGAAGGUUUGAUCAGUUAGUCAGACCUGGUCCAACAUUGAGCUAAAUACAUUUGAACUGGUCACAGAGAAGGUUCUGGAUAUUAAUAUUUUAUUAUUUAUAUUGCGAUCAUUUACAUUGCUUUAUUAAACCUGCAAACCUGAGCAUGUUGGGAGAACUUCUUGGUGCAUUGUUGGUGCAUUAGAUAUCCAAAAGCGCCCUCUUGUGGUCAAUGUAAUUAUCCAACUAUGUACACAGUGCAGAACUAUUUAAUGGCAAGGUACAAAUCUUGGUUUAGACUUUCUUUCUUUCAUUAUAAACUAACUGGCCAUUUAUCAGUAACCAAUAAAAUACUACUUGAGGAAAAG